GACACUGUACACAACUUGGUCCAGCUGAGAGCUGUUGUACUUGUUCCUUUUCCGCUUCCGAUAUCUUUAGCUUCACUUCCACUGCUAUCAUUUCCUUCACAUCGUGCUCCGUUUAGCACCACUACAAUUGCUCCUGCUUCGUCGUCCGCAGCUGAAAGGGUCAAAGAUGUCGUCCGAAGGUGCAGCAGCAAAGCGACAGAGGUCCAACAAGGAUGUGCCCUACAACCUCAUCUACUGGCCAGGAAUUCCCGGCCGCGGAGAGUUCAUCCGGCUUACCCUCGAGGAAGCCGGUGCCGAGUACGUCGACACGGCCCAGGUCGAGGGAGGCGUCGACGAGGUGAUGGCUUAUGUUAAGGGCGAGAAACCCGACGACAAAACCAACCCUCCCAUCUUUGCGCCGCCCAUUCUCAAGCACGGUGACCUUGUCAUCAGCCAGACGCCCAAUAUUUUGCUGUAUCUAGGCCCGCGAUUGGGUCUCGUACCUGGUGUUGAGGACGAUCCGGAUGCUCUGUACAAGGUCAAUGAGCUGGCACUUACGGCGCUGGAUGGAUUGAGCAACGAGCCGCACGACUGCCAUCACCCUAUUGCGUCGGAGCUGUAUUACGAGGACCAAAAGGAAGAGGCUAAACGGAAGGUCGAGCAUUACGUCAAGACACGGUUGCCCAAGUUUCUCGGUUACUUCGAAAGAGUCCUCAACUCCAAGGCCAGCGGUGAGGGCCCUUACCUCUACGCAGGCAAGCUGUCAUAUGCGGACUUGGUCCUAUUCCAGUGUCUGGAUGGCCUCAAGUUCAUGUUCCCCAAGGCUAUGGCGAAGUUGAACAAGGAGGGUAAACAUUCAAAGCUAUUUGAGCUGUACGAUGCUGUCGGGCAAAGACCCAAGAUCAAGGAAUACCUCGGGGGUCCUCGUCGGCAGAAGUACAGCAGUGGCCUCUAUCGUUACUAUGAGGAGUUUGACAUUGAAGGCUGAGCAUGCAAGACAAGUGAUUACUGCUGGCCGUGGGUAUAACUUACGGCUUGGAUUUGUCUAUCAAGCCGUCUACUUGAUGAUGGAGCCUGUGAAUCUAGGAUGAAUAGAUGCGAGACAAUGUGCUGAUGUUCAUGUUGACUCAAGGUUUCCCCCGAACAACAUCUAUGUUAUCUGGUCGAACCAUUCCUACAUGGGCUGGGUAGUCCAUGCGGCAUCUGGGUUAACAUGAUGACUUUCGUU